AUGGCCAGCAUAGAGGUACCUCUAGCCAGGGACCAGCGAUCCAGCGAUAUGGAGAGUUUUUCACCAGUUAUAGAUAGUUUGGAGUUUCAUGAGGGUGUUGCCAUUUCCACGGCGAAUGAACCCUUAUCUGAGUCCAUGUCUGACUCUGUCUCCUCCUUCGCAGAUACCUUGAAGAUAGAUAUGACAGAAGACAUGGUUCUAUCCAUGCAGCAUGAUAGGCUGCCGAGUUUUGUUUCCGAAACUAACGAAUCUGGUCUAUCGCCCAUCAAGGUCUCGGGGUCUGGAGAUUCGUUUCCGAAGAGAGUUUUGACACCAUCGCGGAGUCGAACCUUGCGAUCCAAUGUACGUGACAAUGUUGAGCAGUCAAGUUUUGCAAAAAGCCAAAAGAGCCCCACAAAAGGAGCUUCAAUAUUGGAUAAUGAAGAAAUACGACAUCCCAGUCUUAACUCGGGCCAUUUCGCGACUCCAGUGAGGAAAAGGGCACAUUCAUCAUCAAGCUCGGUGUCAGGAAACACACCGAAAUACACUACGCCUACCGGACCGGAGUCUCUAAAACGCGUCACUUUCAUGAAGGGUGUUGAAUAUGACCCGCCUACUUCUUCUCCUACCAAAAACCUGACGCCUUCUCGCUCAAUUCUCAAACAACGCAUCUUCGAGGACGACGAGUUUUCCGUUCAAGACUCCAAUCUGGAGGCCAACGAAUCCUGGAUACCCGGUUCUAUUAUCCAAUUGGAGCCAUCGUCUGAACGAACAGCUUAUGUUGUUCCAGGCUGUAUCAGGGCAUUAUCAACUCCAGGGUUCGAACACCGUUUCGAAGCAUAUGCCUCUAUCAAUUACGCUAUCAAGAUCAACACUGCUGAUUUCAUGGUGAGAAUCAUCACGCCGAGACUGAAUGAGCUUAUCGCUCUAAUUGAAGCUGAUACAAAAGGGUUCAUUGCAAAAGUUCAAUCUGAAGUUGGAACGGACGCAUUUGAGUUGAGGGCCGAGGUCCAGACGGUGAAAAUACUAGGGUUUCUGCUAUCCAAUCAGCACUUGUGCACCCUUAUGGAACCAGCAACUCUACGAGGUUUCCUUGCAAGUGCGGUUCAUGUCCUCAGCAACUCAACAUUUUCAAAGAGCAUAGUGGCAGCGUAUCUUCAGGUGAUACGAGACCACAAGGUGCCGAACGGUAUAGUUGGGCAUCCACUAUCGGAGUCGCUUCUGUUCGGCGUGCUCAACAUCAAAGCCAUGAACAGCGUCAGCUUAAUGAUAGAGCAAAUAGCGACUUUGAGAAACUUUGUGGCCAAAAAUCGCCAGAUAAUGGCAAAGAACAUCGCAGUAUGGUUCAACUUCGUGUGUGGUUGUCUUUGUGAUGUCGGACUGGGAGGAAACGACAAAGUGGUAAGAAUGGUCUCGUUAUUGCUGGUGGAUAUGGUAGUCCAAUUUGAAGAUAUUCCAGCAACCAGGACUAUGGUAUUUGAUUUUCUAAACGGAACCAUGAAAGAGAGCAACUUUGAAACCAAACUUCUUCCCAAUGGGGACCACCUUAGGUCCAGCAUCACGAUAAUUGAGUUCCUUGCUGAUAGACUCAAGAAGCUGGUACUUAGAGGAAACUAUUCCGUUGCAAUGACCAUAUGGUCUCACGUCACGCUCCUUCUAAAUAAGUUUACCUGGCAGGAUGGAAUUGAAAGCUGGGGAAAGGCAAAGUGUUGGAUCGAGGUGUUCGUUCAAUGUUACAAGUAUAAUGAGCAAGCUGCUUGUGAAUCGCUGAAGGCGUGGACUACAUUUGUUACCAUGAUUUCGGGAUCAUUUCCAACUGGUGGAGACCUCUCCAUCAUCCCUGCUGGAGUGAAAGAAAGAUUGGGCUUACUAGUGUCUCCGUUCAAAUUAUGCGAUCAAUACGCUACCAUUGAGGUUUCCCAGCAGUUUGACGACCUCUAUAGACGCAUAUACAUGUCUAUCACCAAGACUUAUAUGAGAAAGUCCACUUCCAAAGACUGUUUCCCGCUGGUUAAUGUUUUAUGGGAAUGCUGCAUGUCCCCACCCCUCACAUCCUUCUAUUUCACAAAAACCGCUGCGACUCAGAGAAUUUCACUGGGGGUUUCUAUGGUAUCUGCCAUGUUCAAUGGUCGUUCAGCAAACUCAAUGCAGCAAAAGUCUGCGAAAAUGCUGAGGACUGGCUUUACAACUGGCCAGGAAUUGCUGCCGUUAAGUCAGCGUUGGAUGAUAUCUGCCGAGCAGGCUCUUGCCAGCUUGAUUGCAGACGCUUUCGGUGCUCUAAAUAUGACGAAAGAAGAGCGGAGAACCCUUCUAAAUACUUACAUGGCAGCCAUGUCGAGGAUUGUGCCGUUUGUCCAGAAUGCGCAGAAGGCUUUCUUCCUGAAAGUCAUAUAUCAUACUCGAUUCCUCGUGAAAGAGCUGGUCGAAUAUACCAAAGAGAAGGAGUCAUUUACUCCCGAUGAAUGCAUAAGAAUACUGCUAUCGAUCAAAGACAACUUCAACAUCGAGAGUAUUGUUUUGGAAAGUGCUGGUUCUCCUUCGUGUUGUGCUACUAUGGUUUCUUACUUCUUGGACUCGGAGGAGCUGGCGUUGGAGCUAUGUGAGACUAUGAUGCCCAUUCUGGGAAAGAAGGAUUUGGUAUUUUACUCAACCAUCGUGGGACUCAAGAAACCAUUUUUGAAUGACUUUGUCAUUCGCAGGUUGAAACAGUACUCGCUCUCCAAUAAGAGCGAUCUGAGUCUGCUUGGCCAUAUCAUUGGUAACCUCGAUGCUAACUCUGAGUUCAUCACUGCGCUGUUGAAAGCGCUACCAAAUGUAUCUGACCCAUCGAUAGUACCAAGGAUUAAUCUUGAGAACUGGAACUUCCAGUCAAUAAUGAUGUUUUUCGAAAUUUCCAAAGUGUUCAAGAGUGGUGACAAGACCAAGUCUUUUGCGCUUUUGUGGAAGCCCUGGGUAUCUGUUUUGCAAAAGACGUCCGUUGAUGAGAUAUUGGAGUAUUUGGGACCAGAAAAGUUUCUUGACUCUUUGCCGAGUGCAUUUUACCUAAAAGUGAUCUCAAAUCUUCUGCUUAGUGAGCUCAGUUCGAAUCAGGUUGGCAAAACAACCACGCUAGUAUCGAGCUGGAUAAGCUUUUGCGAACGAUCUUCAAAAGAAAAUGUGACAAUUGAGACUUUCAAGCUUCUCCGUGAUCGGUUGGAGAAAUUUCCUGAUGAAGGCAUUGUGGAGAACGUGCCUGGCUAUUUGAACUGGAGUGGUUCUUCGCGGAUAUGUUCCCCAUUGAAAUCAAAAUCCGAAGAUGAAGACGGGUCUGGAAAUGAUUCUACAUCCGCAAUUGAUUCUAUUCCUUCUCAAAUUUCCACGGAGCAAAUUUCCAUUGAGCCCUGUAGGUCUGACGAAGUUACCAAAUCCGGCCCGGCUCAUGUUUCUGCCGUGGUUGAUGUUCCUGCUUCCAACUCAGAUCAAGGAAGCCCUCCUCCAAAGAGAUCGCACGAUGCUUCUGUGGUCUCCCUUUCGGAUUCAAGUGACAAUUGGCAGGAAAAAGUUGCGAAAAAGCAACAACUAGGCGAUGUUAGAGAUGAAAAUGGAUCACAAAAGGAGCCGCUUGCUCCAUAUACUACUUUGACCAGUUUUGAUGAGGCUCUUCAGGCGCAAUUGGUGCCCUCGCCCAAUCUCCAAAGUCCCUGGAAAACUCUUGAUGAUUUGGUUCGUGAGAUCUGCGAGACGAUGCCCGAGGGACUGAGCAGUGAAGGCAAGGUUGAACUCGAGAAAAACAUGCUACGAUUACUUUUCAAAUUGAAAACUUCAGGUGUGCACUAG